AUGGCAGCUUUCACCGACCUCUCCUUGUACCGCUGGCUCAAGAACUGCAAUCUGGUUCGCGACCUCUCAGAGAAGUAUGUCUUCAUCACAGGCUGCGACUCCGGCUUUGGGAACCUGCUGGCCAGGAAGUUGGUGGACCGGGGCAUGCGUGUGCUGGCUGCUUGUCUCACAGAAGAGGGGGCCCAGAAACUUCAGCGAGAUGCAUCCUAUCAGCUGCACACUACAAUCCUGGAUGUCACCAAGACUGAGAGCAUCCGGGCAGCGGCCCAGUGGGUGAGGGACCAUGUGGGCGAGCAAGGCCUCUGGGCCCUGGUAAACAACGCGGGUGUGGGCCUGCCCAGCGGGCCCAAUGAGUGGCUGACCAAGGAGGACUUCGUGAAGGUCAUCAAUGUGAACCUGGUGGGACUGAUUGAUGUGACCCUCCACAUGCUGCCCAUGGUCAAGAUGGCCCGAGGCCGAGUGGUGAACAUGUCUAGCUCUGGCGGACGGGUGGCUGUCAUUGGUGGUGGCUACUGCGUCUCCAAGUUUGGUGUCGAGGCCUUCUCCGACAGCAUCAGGCGUGAGCUCCACUACUUUGGCGUGAAGGUCAGCAUCAUCGAACCGGGGAACUACCGGACCUCCAUCCUAGGCAAGGAGGACGUGGAGGCGCGCAUGCGCAAGCUGUGGAACAAGCUGCCUCAGCAGACCCGCGACAGCUACGGCGAGGAGUACUUCCGCAUCUAUACUAAGAGGUUGAAAAACUUGAUGCGGUCAGCAGAGCCAAGGAUCACAGAUGUGACUAACAGCAUGGAGCACGCCAUCGUCUCCCGGAACCCCCGCACCCGCUACAACCCUGGUCUGGAUGUCAAAUUCCUCUACAUCCCCCUGGCCAAGCUGCCUACCCCCAUAACAGAUUUCAUCCUUAGCCGGUACCUCCCGAGGCCAGCAGACAGUGUCUGAUUCGGUUGAUGGAGUGUCAAGAAGGGGAAAGAGAAAGGAAGUCUCUCACCCAGAUGGGUUAGGGCUCUCUCUGGACCCGGAAAAGUCAACAAAUGAAAAAUCACCUCCUGCUGGAUCAUGACCCAUUGCCGCC